AUGUCUCCUUUAUCACCUGAUAGUAUAGGGAACCUACGUCCCUCUACCGUGGCGUUGCGGCACAUUUUUGGCCAUUCCGAUCUUUCGCUGAACACGCCCUUGGCCUUGGAGGACACCAACUUUGGAGCUAAAUUACCGGAUUCUCCUGUCACUGAUCUUCUUCUUGUAUCAGCCGACAUUGACACUGGCUCAUUCCUGUCGUACAGGAUCCUGGAUAACGAGAAGCAGUAUUCCAUUGGCAUCUCCGUUUUAGAUACGCGCAAGAUACAAGCUCACAGCAAGUCCACAGCCCAAGACGAGCGGCAUCAACAUACUAUUCAAUCCUUCCAAUUCACCGUGGGACAGGGAACGUAUGUUAAUAGAGCAUGUCGCCGAUUUCUAUUCGGGGAAACGAAACCCAUCAUAUUUUCUGAAUUGAAAGCAGAGUUCGAUGCCAUCGUACAAGGUAGAGAAUAUGUUCUCAUCUGUCACGGCAGCCAAGCAGAUAUGAUGGUCCUGCGGCAGCUCGACAUCGGCCAGCAAGCACUCUAUAUUCUCGAUACCGUCUACGCCUCGCGAUUCCCUCUGCAGCUCGAUUUCCAACCUAGCUUAGGGAGGCUUCUGGAAGUACUGGGAAUACCGUUUCACAACUUACAUGCCGCCGGUAACGAUGCCCAUUUUGUACUCAAAGCUCUUUUGUUGCUUGCAGUUCGCGACGCCCGAGUCGAGCAUGUCGUCCCAAGCAAGGCUGUACUGGAAGUGCUAAUGGGUCUUGAGGAUAUCGCUCGAUCUCCUGUUCCAGCUCCGAAACCGAAGCCACCGCAAAAGGCUCCAAGGAUUAAACAGCCAAACAGCCAAAACAGCCCAAAAGGACGGAUACUGCUCGUACAAGGAGGAGAGAGCGGAGAAGACUGGAGAGAGAAGCUAAAGAGUUGGAAGAUACCGCCUGUGCUAACGACAAGUCUACUGUUGAUGUAUUGA